GGCCCUUGUCGAACAUGGUAAAGGCAACGGUGUUCCCAGUUCCCACUAGGGAGCGCCUCGCUUCGUAAUUUACGUCAACCACGAGGUUUCAGCAAGGAUUGCCGCCAAUGUGUCUCACGAUACGUACUACUAGUCCUGCGCCGGGUUGAAGGGGACUUAAUGUCGUCAGACCCGACUAAAUGCUGUGUGGUUGAUGGGAAGCUCCCGGUUAUCUUCGUAUCUCCACCUUCUUCCCCCUUCCCUUCAAGGCCAUCCGUGGAUUCCACACCAGGUUAACCAAGCUUUGUGUGCCGAGUUUGACCCAACCGAGGUUCCCAAGGAUCGUAAUGCUGCCCGAGUAGGAGGAAACUGGAAAGCAGGCCGUCAGCCAGAAAAAAAAUUGAUUGCGUAUCCGAUCGCGGGGCGGCAGAGAAGGUUGAGUUUGACUCCACCGCAAAAGCCGGACCCGGAAAGUAAACAGUUCUCCUUGUAGAGAAACUUCAAAACAUCCCCUCUCCAAUGGAUGAUGAAGCUUUUGGGAAAUCAGAGAGGAAACCCCUCUUUGUUCGGGAUUUGCGACACGAUCAACCCAUU